CACAUCCAAGAUGGCAGGUAACCUCGUGUGCCGGGUUCAUCCGGUGGUGCUUUUUAGCAUAAUUGAAUCCUUUGAAAGAAGAAAUGAAGACGCAAGAAGAGUAAUUGGAACAUUAUUAGGGUCAUGUGACAAGGGAGCGGUUGAUGUGACAAACUGUUUUUGCGUACCUCACAACGAGUCCGAGGAUGAGGUUGCAGCAGAUCUGGAGUAUGCCAGAAACAUGUAUGAACUCCACAGGAAGGUCAACCCAGCGGAGGUUAUUGUAGGAUGGUAUUCUACAGGCGCUGAUGUGUCGGAGCACUCCGUUCUCAUCCAUGAAUACUACACCAGAGAAGCAAAGACCCCUGUCCACUUAACUGUAGACACUGGGCUGAAAGGAUCCAAGAUGGACAUCAAGUGCUAUGUCAGUGCUAAUAUAGGUGUACCUGGAAGGACAAUGGGCUGCAUGUUUACACCUGUCCAAGUUGAGGUCAACACAUAUGAACCAGAAAAAGUUGGAGUGGACCUUAUCCAGCAGGGGAAGUAUAAUAACAAGAGAACAGUCAGUAUGGUCAGUGAUCUGACACAGGUCGAGCGAGCAUGUGCUAACCUUCAGGAGAAACUCGCACUAGUCUUGGACUAUGUGGAUGAUGUUCUGGCCAAUAAGAUCCAACCAGAUACAACUAUUGGACGAUUUCUACUAGAUCUGGUUAAUAAUAUCCCAAAAAUAGAACCAGAGGAAUUUGAAACCAUGCUCAACUCAAAUAUGAAGGACUUGUUAAUGGUAGUGUACCUUGCCAAUCUGACCAGAACACAGCUAGCUCUUAACGAAAAACUGCAAACCUUGACAAUUUAAAUCAUCUUUAGUCCUGCGAUUUUAUGGUUAUCUGCCGUCAUUGGAUGAUGAAGAACGUGAACGAUAACAAAUUAAAUAAUAAAGUGACAAUUAUUUAUUGUUUUGAGAUGAUCAUUAAUUUUCUAAUUAAAAUAUGCAAUACUAGAA